UGAUUGAAAGGUUAGAAACCAAUAAAGGAUUUGAUUGGUAGAUUUUUGAAUUAAUACAAUUCAAGAAAUGAGAAAUUGAAAUUAGUUAUUCUAAUUGACUAAAAUACUCCAGAGUUAAAAAAUAGUGUCACUACUACACUACAUUAAACAUUAUAUUUGAACGUUUCUUUAAAAGUAUAAAACUUGCAAAUGUAGUUUACCGAUACGAAGUUACCAGAAUUUUAUAUUAGUUGGAUUAUAAAAAGUUAAAAAAAUUACUUUUAUUAACAAAAUUUAUUAAACGGCAGCAUGUUAUUUUGGUUAAUUUGAAAAAAGGUUUGAAAUGGUUUACAUGUUUGACAAAGUUCUGUAAAUUUUAUUCAAAAUAAUUAAUUAAAAAACUUAGUUAAAAGCCUAAUAAAACAAGAUUUGUCAAUAUCACGGAGAUAGAGAACAGUUUAUCAAUAUUACGAGAUAAUAAAACAUCAUAAUAGACAUCUUAAAAAUAUUUAAUGCAGAAAUUUCAUAAUUAUGAUUAUUAUGGUUUUAACAAUUUUUAUGCUCGACCAAUCGUGUAGUUUUUUUAUUCAACGUGGAAAAAAUAGCGAUAUUGUAUCUGGAAACCCUGAAUAUUGUUCAGGGUUAACGUUUUGCCAGUGCAUAAACAGCACAUUUUUAGACUUUGAUUCUAAAUUAAAUUGCGGAAACCAAUUACCAGCUUGCAGGUUACUAAUAGAAGGCAGAACGGUUGGAAUAUACACAGCAUUUGGAAUGUCAUCAUAUAAUCUAAUCCUUGCUACAGACACUAAUGACCCAGUGUGCAAUACAGAACCUAUCCCAGUACCAAUUUUUGUGCAAGAUUAUCAAAAUAUAAUGGUUUGGAAUCCAGUUUAUAAUACCCUACUUCAAAGAGAUUUUUCUGCAUCAAUUAAAGACAUAUCUAAGGUUGAGUUAAAGAUAAAGAGUCAUUUGCAAGGACUGCUAUUAAAAGUUUUUAUCAACUGCGACAAUAAAGAACAAUGCAUUACAAUCAAAUUUGAAGGAAUACAAGAAUAUCCAUUGAAUCCAGAUUUGUUUUCAAAUUAUUUGGGUGCAUAUUCAACAUCGGCAUCACCAUCGGUAAUAUCAAGAAUGUCAGAGAUAACAUCGUUAAAAGUCUCGCCUGCUACUUCAAGUAUGAAAUUAACUACAAUAAUAAUUCCAAUCAGUUUCAGUACAUACAAUACAACAUUUCAAACGAUCACUGCUUCAUCAUACGAUGAAACCCUUCAAACUACUAAAAUUUCUAGUCUAUAUAAUAAUAAAUUUGAAACCAUCAAUGUAUCAUCAUAUAAGAUUACAUUUCAAACCAUUAAUGCAUCAUCAUAUAACACUACAUAUGGAACCAUUAAUUCAUCAUCAUAUAACACUACAUUUGAAACCAUUGAUGCAUCAUCAUAUAACACGACAUUUCAAACCAUUUAUUUAUCAUCAUAUAAUACUACAUCAUCAUAUAACACUAUAUUUAAAACCAUCAGUGCAUCUUUAUACAAUAAUUCUACAUUUCUACCCGUUAAUGUUUUUAGUUCAUUUAAUAAUACAUUUCAAACCAUUAAUGCAUCUUCAACCGUUUUUACAAUAGAAAAUAGCAUAGCGAGUUCAAUCCAAAAUAUAAAUCAAUCUAAAAGUGUUAGUUCAAUCAAUAUUGCAAGUCCAGUUAGAGUUUCAACUCCUUCGAAUUUUGUUUCAAGUCCAGUUAUAAUCUUAACUCCUUCUAAUUUUGUCCAGUUAUAUUUUACUGAUUCUAUUUUAACACCAUUAGUACAAACUGCUAUGCUAACCUACUCACAAGUAACAAAAGAAUCAACAAUUGAAUUAAAAAUUACAAAUCAGUAUAAUGCAACAUUAGUAACUGUUUCAACAAGUAUCUAUGUAGAAAAUACUACGAUACUUCCACCACAAAGUGACGCAUUAACGACUAAGACUUUUGCAGCUCAAGUCAUUAUUGGCGUCUCUGCAGUCCUACUCCUACUGGUAUUUUUAUUCGCGUGCUUCCUCGCAUACAAAAGGAAAAGAAGAAAAUCACAAUUUAAAAUUCCAAAAACGUUUGAUACAGGACUAGCAAGCCUCACAGAUGUUUCUUUAAACAACCAUGCUGCAAUGAUCCGAAUGGAAAAUAACUCUCUAAGUACGUCAGCAUCAAUGAUGAACAACGCUCAUCUAAAAUCGAAUCCUAUUUACCUUGACUAUUUCGAACAAGAGUCGUUAAAUGGGCUAGAAGAUAUACCAAUAGACGAGCAGAUAACAAGCAAGUCGCUAGAUGAGUCUUUCAUUUUUGAGAAAAAUUAUUCUUACAAAAAAGAUACUAAAGUUAAUAACAGACGUUUAAGUGUAAUAUUUUCUGUUUCACAAAGUUUAGAGUCAACUGUACCAAAAGAUGAUGAACAAAGCAGUCAUAAUGAUUUUCCAUUUUCGUUUUCAAUAGAACAUGGUUCGACUCCAAUUGUUAACAAAAUUUAGAUAUAAAAUUUUUAUAUGAAAA